GAUACACCGGUCCGUGAGAGAAGCACCAUGGCCGAUAAGGCACAGAUACAAGAAGCAAUCAAAGCGCAAGGAGAGGUCGUCAGAAAGCUAAAGGCGGACAAAGCCAGCAAGGAACAGCGAUAGGGUUGCUGAUCACUUUUCUCCUGUUCUUACUGCCCGUUGCUACGGAUACACCAUCAUCAUCUCAACUUCCCUGGCUCUUGGUGUGAUGGCAAAUCUGUUGCAUCCCUGAACUGCUGCACCACCUCACCUUUUGGAAUGACCUGCCACCUGUCUUGAAUGUGUAUGUGGGACCUCCAUGGUGCUCCGUGAUAUGUGAACUCAACGUGGGACUAUUUUGUCUGCCAUCACACUGAUGGUGUGCCAAUGAACUGAACUUGCCCAUUUUUCUUGUCUCUGACUUUUGCACUCCUGGUUUUGUGUUUAUGUUUUUUUUAUCAUUAUGAUGGCUGCAUUUGGAUUGACUUACGCACGUUUGUGUGCUGGUCUGAAACCUGCACGUGUGCGUGAUGGACUUAUUGGUCGGCACACUGGACUGUUGAUGCACUUGACACGGUCUCUCUCUGCGAUGACCAUUUCACAGAUUGAUGAGGAAGUGUCCAAACUCCUCCAGCUGAAAGCACAGAUAGGAGGAGAUGAGGGAAAACAUGUGUUUGUUCUCAAGACCCCUAAGGGUACCAGGGACUACAACCCAAAGCAGAUGGCCAUCAGGGAGAAGGUGUUCAACACAAUUAUCAGCUGCUUCAAGCGCCAUGGAGCCGAGACCAUCGAUACACCGGUCUUUGAACUCAAGGAAACGUUAACAGGGAAAUAUGGUGAAGACUCCAAACUCAUCUACGACCUGAAAGAUCAAGGAGGGGAACUCUUAUCUCUCCGAUAUGACCUCACUGUGCCCUUUGCCCGUUACCUAGCCAUGAACAAGAUCACCAACAUCAAACGUUAUCAUAUUGCCAAGGUUUAUCGCCGUGACAACCCAGCCAUGACCCGUGGACGUUAUCGCGAGUUCUACCAAUGCGAUUUUGACAUUGCUGGCCAGUAUGACCCCAUGAUUCCUGAUGCAGAGUGUCUGAGGAUCGUCCACGAGAUCCUGAGCGAGCUGGAGCUGGGAGACUUCCGCAUCAAGGUGAAUGACAGGAGGAUCCUAGAUGGCAUGUUUGCUGCGUGUGGUGUCCCUGAUGACAAAUUCCGAACCAUCUGCUCCUCUGUGGACAAACUAGACAAGAUGCCGUGGGAGGAGGUGAAGAAUGAGAUAGUGAAGGAGAAAGGCCUCCCAGAGGAAGUGGCAGAUCAGAUUGGGGAGUAUGUCCGCAUGCAAGCUGGUGGAAUGGAACUGGCGGAGCAGCUGUUGCAGGACCCUAAGCUGUCAAAGAGUAAAGCAGCCGUCGCCGGCCUCACGGACAUCAAGCUGCUCUUCAGCUACCUGCAGCUCUUCAAGGUCACGGACAAGGUGGUGUUUGACCUGUCUCUAGCACGUGGGCUGGACUACUACACAGGUGUGAUCUACGAGGCCAUCCUGACCCAAGCAGGUGUGGCCCCGAUCCCCGCCCCUCAGGAGGCAAAUGGCAGCACGGGGGACGACGGGCCCGUCAGCGUGGGCAGUGUCGCCGGGGGCGGUCGCUACGACGGCCUAGUGGGGAUGUUCGACCCCAAGGGCCGGAAGGUUCCAUGUGUGGGCGUCAGCAUUGGCAUUGAGAGGAUCUUCUCCAUCAUGGAACAGAAGGCAGAGGUUUCAGCAGAGAAGGUGCGCACGACAGAAACACAGGUGCUGGUAGUCUCGGCUCAGAAGAACCUUCUAGAAGAGAGGCUCAAACUCACCUCAGAGUUGUGGGAGGCAGGAAUCAAGGCGGAGGUGCUAUACAAGCGGAACCCUAAACUCCUGAGCCAGCUGCAGCACUGUGAGGAGACGGGCAUCCCGCUGGUGGCCAUCUUGGGAGAGCAGGAGCUCCGGGACGGCGUGGUCAAGCUGCGCAACGUCGCCAGUCGAGAGGAGAUGGAUGUCUCUAGAGCAGACCUGGUGGAGGAAAUCAGGAAGAGGACCCCUCAGUCUUAAGCAACCAAAUUCAGCCAAACACAUCUGAGUGAAUCAGUCCCACCAUAACCUACCAUCUCUUGCUCACACACACACACACACCUGACUCUUACUUCACUCGAACUUUAUGUAUGUAUGACACUACCACACACAUUUCUCAAUCUGCUCAGUUGUCUCUGCGUGUACACGUUCCGAUGGAAAUGAGUGGGUCUCUGAGAUGCAGCAGCAGCAGCCGGCCGAGCACGGAGUAGACCACCACCUGUCCUUGGUUGUGUGGAGUCAACCAGCUGAGGAUCUGCAUUAUGAUAGCAUUUAUGUUCUAUUCUCUCAUGGUCCAACGAUGAGUAGUUAACCUGUAACAAUAAAGACGGCCAUCAGAAACAUCA